UAUAUUGUUUGCCGACAUUGUCGGCUUUACCGUCUUGUCGUCGCAAUGUAGUGCACAGGAGUUAGUAAGACUGUUGAACGAGCUGUUCGGGCGAUUUGAUCAACUGGCGCACGACAACCACUGCUUGCGCAUCAAAAUUCUCGGCGAUUGCUACUACUGCGUUUCGGGUCUGCCUGAACCGCGUAAAGAUCACGCUAAGUGCACCGUCGAAAUGGGGCUGGAUAUGAUCGAUGCCAUUGCCACCGUGGUGGAGGCCACCGAUGUGAUAUUGAAUAUGCGUGUGGGCAUACAUACGGGACGGGUGCUUUGCGGUGUACUGGGGCUACGCAAAUGGCAAUUCGAUGUCUGGUCCAACGAUGUGACAUUGGCCAAUCACAUGGAAUCGGGUGGAGAACCGGGGCGAGUGCAUGUUACACGCGCCACACUUGACGCUCUAUCGGGCGAAUAUGAAGUUGAAGCAGGACAUGGCGAUCAGCGUUCGUCGUAUCUACGUGAUCAUGGUGUGGAUACGUAUUUCAUAGUGCCACCACCUCAUCGGCGAAAGCCAUUAAUGCUAAAUACGCUUGGUGUACGCUCGGCCAUUGGUAGUCGUCGCAAAUUGUCAUUUCGUAAUGUCUCGAAUGUUGUGAUGCAACUAUUGCAUACGAUAAAAUUUUCGGAGCCAGUACCAUUUUCCAACAUUGCCACCGGGUCGUUUCCAUCAUCGGCCGGCAACGGCACCGGAGCGCGUGGCAGCACAGCCGAUGGUACCGGCGGGGAUAAGAGCACGCGUAAGGAUGCGCAGUCAAAAGUGACGGAUAAAUUUAAGCGCCCUUUCCGCAAGCGACACUCCUCAAUGCACUAUCAACCGACCAAUCGCGUCAAUCGCUUCCUCUCACAGGCGAUCAAUGCACGUUCCGUCGAUUGCGAUAAGUCCGAGCAUGUCGACCGCAUUACUUUGCGUUUUCGCGAGAGUGAUAAGGAGCGCGAAUACCGUAAAGAUUUUGAUCUGGGUUUUACCACCGCCAUGGGUUGUUCGCUGUUGCUGUUGAUAUUGGGUGCAGCACUACAGGUGUCAGCUCUCCCACGAACUCUCAUACUUUUGCUGCUCUUCUUGACCGCUUUCGUAUGGAUAAGCGCCAUAUUAAUGUUGCUACUGGCAGUGCGUCUUAAGUGGAUUGUCUGGGAUUUAGCACGAAGCUUCACACUUCGUCUGGCUAUAACGAUAUUCACCAUAGUCCUGAUCUAUUCGGUGGGUCAGGUGAAUGUGUUUACUUGCGUUAUGAACCAUCCCUGUGCUAGUAAUGUCACAACACAUGCACCUUCGUUGGAAGAAGAAUUACUCAUGUUGGGUCAUCAUAGUGAGGCACACAGAAAAUGCUCGCUCCCUCAGUAUGUUUCGUUGUCGGCAACAUUUGCAUUUUUGUCGGUUUCAGUAUUUUUACGUUUGCCAAUCAUUUUUAAAUCGUUGCUGAUAUUGUUGAUGGGAACCAUUUAUGGACUUUUCAUUGAAAUGUCUCACAUAAAUAUUUUCGAUUGUUAUGACAGCAGAGUGAACUCAUCCAUUCCGCUCCAUUUGAUCUCAUUGGCGCGUAUUAUAAUUUUCAUGAUUGCAAUAUUGGUACAUGGACGUUUGGUUGAGUGGACGGCACGAUUGGAUUUCCUCUGGCAGCUGCAAGCAUCACAGGAGAAAAAGGAGAUGGACGUUUUACAGGAAUCAAAUAAACGGAUCUUACAUAAUUUGCUGCCAGCUCAUGUGGCUGCACAUUUUCUCGAUAACCAAUUUCGCAGCAAUAUGGAACUCUAUCAUCAAAGCUAUGCUAAAGUCGGCGUUAUUUUCGCUUCGGUACCGAACUUCCAUGAGUUCUACACAGAAAUGGAUGGAUCGGAUCAAGGAUUGGAGUGUCUGCGGUUGUUGAAUGAGAUAAUUGCGGAUUUCGAUGAG